AUGGCGCAACAAGGGCAGGGAAGCAUGGAACCUGCCGUUCUCGAUGACAUCAUUCGACGUUUGUUGGAUUACAGAAACCCUAAGCCUGGUACGAAGCAGGUUAUGCUCAACGAGUCUGAGAUCCGACAGCUUUGCAUCGUGUCUAAAGAGAUUUUCCUUCAACAGCCUAAUCUCCUAGAGCUCGAAGCUCCUAUCAAGAUCUGCGGUGAUAUUCAUGGACAGUACUCUGAUCUAUUGAGGCUAUUUGAGUAUGGAGGCUUUCCUCCUACAGCUAACUAUUUAUUCUUAGGUGAUUACGUUGAUCGUGGGAAGCAGAGUUUGGAGACUAUUUGUCUUUUGCUUGCUUACAAAAUCAAAUACCCCGAGAACUUUUUUCUUCUAAGAGGAAACCACGAAUGCGCUUCCAUUAACAGAAUCUACGGAUUCUAUGAUGAAUGUAAACGUCGAUUCAGUGUGAGGCUCUGGAAAGUGUUUACAGAUUCUUUUAACUGUCUUCCCGUAGCUGCUGUUAUAGACGAUAAGAUAUUAUGUAUGCACGGUGGUCUUUCUCCCGAUCUGACCAAUGUGGAACAGAUUAAGAACAUUAAGCGACCCACCGAUGUUCCAGACUCUGGUUUGCUCUGUGAUCUGCUUUGGUCUGAUCCAAGCAAAGACGUCAAAGGUUGGGGCAUGAAUGACCGUGGAGUCUCUUACACGUUUGGGCCUGACAAAGUCGCAGAAUUUCUUAUAAAGAACGAUAUGGAUCUCAUCUGUCGUGCCCACCAGGUUGUAGAGGAUGGGUAUGAGUUCUUCGCCGAUAGACAGCUUGUAACUAUAUUCUCUGCUCCCAACUACUGUGGCGAAUUCGACAAUGCUGGUGCAAUGAUGAGUGUUGACGAGAGUUUAAUGUGCUCUUUCCAAAUUCUUAAGCCUGCGGAUCGAAGGCCCCGGUUCUUAUAA